GCAUCUCUCUUUUUUUUUUUUUUUUGAGACGGAGUUUCGCUCUUGUUACCCAGGCUGGAGUGCAAUGGCGCGAUCUCAGCUCACCGCAACCUCCGCCUCCUGGGUUCAAGCAAUUCUUCUGCCUCAGCCUCCUGAGUAGCUGGCACUACAGGCGCGCACCACCAUGCCCAGCUAAUUUUUUGUAUUUUUAGUAGAGAUGGGGUUUCGCCUUGUUGACCAGGAUGGUCUCGAUCUCUUGACCUUGUGAUCCACCCACCUUGGUCUCCCAAAGUGCUGGGAUUACAGGCAUGAGCCACCGCGCCCGGCCAUCUCUUGUUAUCUUAUAGAAUAUUCUCUUGUAUUUCUUGUUUGAGUGUUUUUAUUCAUGAGGUGAUGUUGAGGUUUGUCAUAUGCCUUUUUUGCAUCUAUUAGGACAUUCCUUUGGUUUUUGAUGUUGAGUCUAUUUAUGGUGUAUUGACUGAAUUGAAGUUCAGAGAUAAAAGUGACCUUGUUUUCCUGGAUUAAAUCCCACCUGAUCAUGACGUUUAUAUGUUGUCAUAUAGUGCUAAAUUUUCUUUGCAAGUAUGUUGCUGGAGCUUAUGUCAGACUUUAAGAGAGUUUGUUUACUACAGUAUUAUAUCUGGUAUAGUGUAUCUUGUGUAUAUACAUACAUGUAUACACGACAUAUAUAUGUUAUAUAUGUGCACACAUAUAUGUGUAUUGUAUGUGAUUUAGUUAUGGUAGGUAAUUGGUAAAUAUAUAUAGCCUGCACAUUAUAUAUAACUACCACAUAUAAAUGGUAUUAUAGUAUAUAGGGUUGAACUAUUAUAGCAUAAAUUUAUAUCGUUUUCUCCUCCAUAGCAUAGUGCAUUUUAUUUCCAUAUCAGUAUGCAGAAUUAUUCAAAUACAUCAGUCUUAUAUUCUCAUGGGAACAAAGGAGAAUCUUACUCUCUUGAUGCUACAGAAAGUGAGAAAGUGCCACCCAAAAAUCUUCAUAAUCUUGGAUUUAAGGAGAAGAUUCUUUUUUUCUCUUUCUUUUUUUGAGACGGAGUUUCGCUCUUGUUACCCAGGCUGGAGUGCAAUGGUGCGAUCUCAGCUCACCGCAACCUCUGCCUCCUGGGUUCAGGCAAUUCUCUUGUCUCAGCCUCCUGAGUAGCUGGGAUUACAGGCACGCGCCACCAUGCCCAGCUAAUUUUUGUAUUUUUAGUAGAGACCGUCCUUGUUGACCAGGAUGGUCUCGAUCUCUUGACCUCAAUCCGCCCACCUCGGCCUCCCAAAGUGCUGGGAUUAUAGGCAUGAGCCACCACGCCCGGCCCAUUUUUGUACUUUUAAUAGAGACGGGGUUUCACUAUAUUGGCCAGGCGGCCAAGCUUCUCUUAUGGCUAGAAUGAUCUAUUCCAUAAGGGAAUACCAUCACACUGGGCCCACAAUUGGACGAUCCAAGUGGGCAGGGGAUCCCCAGGUAGGAUGGUUUCAUUUCUUUUUUUAGAAACAGGGUCUUGCUCUGUGGCCCAGGAUGGGGUGCAGUGGUCUGAUCAUUGCUCACUGCAGCCUCUUGAGUAGCUUGGGACCACAGGCACAGGCCACAUUGCCAAGCUAAUUUUUCUUCUUUCUUUUUUUUUUUUUUUUUUUGAGAUGGAGUUUCACUCUGUUGCCAGGGUGCAGUGGUGCAAUCUCAGCUCACUGCAACCUCUGCCUCCUCGGUUCAAGUGAUUCUCCUGCCUCAGUCCCCUGAGUAGUUGGGACUACAGGUGUGCACCACCAAGCCCAGCUAAUUUUUGUAUUUUUAGUAGAGAUGGGGUUUCACCAUGUUGACCAGGAGGGUCUCGAUCUCUUGACCUGGUGAUCAGCCCACCUUGGCCUCCCAAAAUGCUGGAAUUACAGGUAUGAGCCACUGCGCCUGGCCUUUAUUUUAGAUGGAGUUUCGUUCUUGUUGCCCAGGCUGGAGUGCUGUGGUGGGAGCUUGGCUCACUGUAACCUCUGCCUCCCGGGUUCAAGUGAUUCUCCUGCCUCAGCCUCCUGAGUAGCUGGGAUUAUAGGCAUGUGCUACCGCACCUGACUAAUCUUGUAUUUUUAGUACAGGUGAGGUUUCUCCACAUUGGUCAGGCUGGUCUUGAACUCCCCACCACAGGUGAUCUGCUCUCCUUGGCCUCCCAAAGUGCUGAGAUUACAGGGCUGAGUCGUCAUGCCUGGCCUCUUUCUGUUUUUUAUAGAGAUAGGUUGUCACUCUUUUGCCCAGGCUGGUCUUGCUCUGGUCUGGCUGGUCUCCAACUUCAGCUUCAAGUGACCCUCUCCCCUUCCUUUGGUCAGGCUGUCUCCAACUCCCAGCUUCAAGCGAUCUGCUCCCCUUGGCCUCCGAAAUUUCUGGGAUUAUAGAUAUGAGCCACGGCAACCGGCCUCCCAGGUAGUUGUUGAAUGAUAUUUGCAACCUCUAAGAGUUCUGCAGCAGCGUAUUCCUUGACAAUGAGGGUCUCCUGCAUCCUUUCACCUCAUGUUGCAGAGGUUGCUGAGCUUUCCCCUUUUGUUUGCAUAGUGGGACAAGCAUGUCAAUGAUCCUCCUCCUCUUCAUAGAUUACUUCUUUGUCACCAGUCUUCCUCUUCAUAAAUUGCGAAGGAAUCCAAGUUCUCACAUCUCAAUCGGGCUUACUUACAGUAUCAGCUAUCAUAAGUCUGCAUCAGCUCCACAGCUCCAGGAUCCAUCAAGGCUGCCUCAUUUUUCCUCCCCACAGUCCUGUCCCAGAAAUCCCCAGUUCUGCUCGCCAGGUGCCUUAGGCUGUACAGCUGCACUGCUGCUGGGCCCAGGCAGCAGCUAUCUGUCCCUGCAGUCCCUCCCGCAACCCAUUCCCAGCCCUGCCCUGCCCCAGUGGUAUCUUUAGUGUUCCUGGCUGCUAGUGCCGCUGUCACCGCGAUUUAGAAGUCUUUUCAUGCAGUUAAAUUAUCUUAGCUUUUUCUCUUCCACUUUAUACGUACACACAGGAGGAAGGCAGUGAUUCUGCUGGUGUCUUAUUCACACGGUGAGAUUGAAGGUGUUUGUCUCAUGGAAGUGAUCAAUGGGGAAGAGAAGCAGGCGGAUAACCUGCUUCUGUAGGGGGCAGCAGAGCCGGAGGCCGGUCUGGAGCCUGCAAAGGGCAGGAAAUGGAGGUCCCCUGUGUGCCUCUGAGCAGCUCCAGAAGUGGAUUCUGAGAAGCUUCAGAGCCCUGGGAAACAGGAGAUCCAAGUGCAGAUGCACUUGGGGCGGUGGUCGAGAUGGGGGGAAGGCGGGGCGUGUUCAGUCAUUAAUGCAGUUGGACCUCAGGAGCCUGGGUCCAUUUGAGGGGCAGUGUUUUUGGUUUUGGCAUUCAUCGGGUCACUGGGGUCACGCUGUGAUUUGUAUAUAUGAAGAAAAUCUAUGAAGGUCAGUUUGACAGAAUUGUCUGGAACAUCACCUGGAGAAAGUUUAUGAAAUUGACAGUUUAUUUAGGUCAGAAGGUUAAACUGACUCCAAGGCAUAGUUUCUGGAAGGAAGGAGUGUUCCUGUACUGUGAGGAGAGUUGGUAGAGGUGUGAGGAAACUUUGUCCAUGCCUCAUCCCCUAUUCCAGUCCCCUGGAGGACAUCAUCUAUCCUUCCUGGUCUAAUCGUGCCUGGCUUGGUCUCAGUUCCUCCCCUGCUCUGAGACAAACAGAUCGCCCCAUUGGACACUGAGUCUGGAAUUCCCUGCAUACACUUGUGACCUGAUGCCCCACGAAGGAGCGAGAGAGCCCAUUGAGUGAAGGAGAGGUCAGUGACCUUUCUAAAGUUCAGGGAAGAGGCCAGGCAUGGUGGCUCACGCCUGUAAUCCCAGCACUUUCGGAGGCCGAGGAAGGCGGAUCACCUGAGGUCAGGAGUUCGAGACCACCCUGACUAACAGGGUGAAACCCUUUCUAUACUAAAAAUACAAAAACUAGCUGGGCUUGGUGGUAGGCGCCUGUAAUCCCAGCUAUCCAGGAGCCUGAGGCAGGAGAAUCUCUUGAACGUGGGAGUCGGAGGUGGCAGAGAGCCAAGAUCGCGCCAUUGCACUCCAACCUGGGCUGCAAGAGCGAAACUCCGUCUCUAAAUAAAUACAUAAAUAAAUAAAAAUAAGGUUUUAGGAAAGUUUGACGGAAAUGCAAGUAUCCAAGGAUCAGGGCACAGGGAGGGAGGUGGGCUUUAAAGAUGAAGUGAAUAGAAUCUGCCCGGCUCUGCCGGUCCCGGUUAUCCCGGGCUUCUGCUGUCACUCAGGGCUCAGCGGGCGAGGCGCCCGGGGCGCACGGUCCAAUCAGGAGCGCUGGGGCGGGGCACGAUCCAAUCAGGAGCACUGGCGCGGGACCCUCCUGUUUUUCCAGGGAAGCGGACCGCCGCCCGCGUGUUCUACCGCUGUGCCAGCGACCGUUGGAACCCACUCUCCUGCUCUGAGAAGCUCCAGGUUUCUCCGCCAGAGUUCCUGUCGCUCUGUCACCUGCGCUGUGAUCCUCUCUAGUCGCGGGAGCCUUGGAGAAGACAAUUGGAAUCCCAGACAUGGACUCGGUGGCCUUUGAGGAUGUGGCUGUGAACUUCACCUCAGAAGAGUGGGCUUUGCUGGAUCCUUCCCAGAAGACUCUGUACCGAGAAGUGAUGCAAGAAACCUUGAGGAACCUGGCCUCUGUAGGAAAGAAAUGGAAAGACCAGAACAUUGAAAAUGAGUACAAAAAUUUCAGGAGCAACCUAAGAAGUCUUAUGGAAGAGAGACUCUUUGAAAGUGAAGGUUAUCAGCGUGGAGAAAUUUUGACCCAGGUUCCAGAUGACAUGUUGAAGAAGAAAACUCCUGGAGUAGAAUCAUGUGAAAGGAAUGUGUGUGAGGUUGGCAUGGGUUGUUUAUCCCUUCAUAAGCACACCAGAGCUGACACUGGACACAAGCUGUAUGAGUAUCAGGAAUAUGGACAGAAGCCAUAUAAAUGUGCAUACUGUAAGAAAGCCUUCAGUCAUCUCCCCCACUUUCACAAACAUUUAAUUGGUCACACUGGAGAAAAACCCUAUAAAUGUAAAGAUUCUGGGAAGCCAUUUAGUUUUCCCGUUUCUUUUCAUGAACAUAAAAGAGCUCAGUCUGGUAAAAACCCCUAUGAAUGUAAACAAUCUGGAAAAACAUUUGGAUGUGCCUCAGAACAAAUGCAUGGAAGAACUCCCAGUGUAGAGAAACCUUAUGAAUGUAAGAAAUGUGAAAAAGCAUUUAAUAACUUACCUUCUUUUCAAAUACAUGAAAGAAUGUACAGAGGAGGGAAGCAUCAUGCAUGUAAGGAUUCUGGGAAGACAUAUCGUUUAUUUGGUUUCUAUCAUAGACAUAAAAUGCCUUACACUGGUAGGAAAUUUUAUAGAUGUAAGAAAUGUGAGAAAGCCUUUAUUAGUUUCUGUACCUUUCGAUACCAUCAAAGAACUCACACUAAACAGAAACCAUAUGCGUGGAAACAAUGUGGGAAAGCUUAUAUUUCUUAUACUUCUUUUCAAUACCAUCAAUUGAGUCACACUGGAGCAAGACGCUAUGAGUGUAAGCAGUGUGGCAAAGGCUUCAGUUUGCCCAGUUCCAUUCGAUACUAUGAAAUGUCUCACACUGGAGAGAAACCCUAUGAACGUAAGCAACGUAGGAAAGCUUUCAGAUGUGCCUCAAGCCUCCGAAGACAUGAAAGGACUCACACUGGGGAGAAACCCUAUGAAUGUAAACAAUGUGGUAAAGCUUAUCAUUAUUGGAGUGGCCUUCGAAUACAUGAACUAACUCAUACUGGGAAAAAGCCUUAUGAAUGUAAGGAAUGUGGGAAAUCAUUCUACCGUUCUGGUUCCUUUCUAAAUCAUAAAAGGAUCCACACUAGGGAGAAGCCUUAUGAAUGCAAGGAAUGUGGGAAAGCAUUUCAUAAUCCCAUAUCCUUUCAAAAACAUGAAGGGAGUCACAGAAAAGAGAAGACUUAUGAAUGUAAGCAAUGUGGGAAGGUAUUUGGUUUUUCCAGUUCCCUUCAGAGACAUGAAAAGACACACAUAUGUGAAAAACACGAUGAACAUAAACAACCUGGGAAAGGAUUUUUUCAUAGAAGCUCUCCUGGACACAUGAAGAUAGACACUGGAGAGACACUUCAUAAAUGUAAGAUAUGUGGAAAAGUCUUUCAUUCUCGCAGUUCAUUUCAAACACAUGAAAGAUCUCACAGUAGAGAAAAAUGCUAUAAAUGCAAGCAGUGUGGGAAAGUCUUUGUUUAUUUCAAUCCCUUUCAACGUCAUCAAAGGAAUCACACUGGAGAGAAGCCCUAUGAGUGUAAGCAGUGUGGGAAAGUCUAUAUUUCUUCUACUGCUUUUCAAUAUCAUGAAUUGAGUCACAGUGGAGCAAAACGCUAUAAGUGUAAGCAAUGUGGCAAAGGCUUUAAUUUGCCAAGUUCCAUUCGAUACCAUGAAAUGACUCACACUGGAGAGAAACCCUAUAAAUGUAAACAAUGUGGGAGAGCUUUCAGAUCUCCCUCGCAUCUUCAAACACAUGGAAGGACUCACACUGGGGAGAAACCCUAUAAAUGUAAAAAGUGUGGUAAAGUCUAUCGUUACUGGAGUGGUCUUCGAAUACAUGAACUAACUCAUAUUGGAGAAAAGCCUUAUGAAUUUAAGGACUGUGUGAAAUCAUUCUAUAGUUCCAAUUUCUUUCUGAAUCAUAAAAGGGUCCACACUAGAGUCAAGACAUAUGAAUGCAAGGAAUGUGGCAAAGCAUUUGAUAAUCCCACAUCUUUUCAAAAACAUGAAGGGAGUCACAGGAAAGUGAAGACUUACGAAUGUAAGGAAUGUGGGAAGGUAUUUGGUUUUUCCAGUUCCCUUAGAAGACAUGAAAGGACACACAUAGGUGAAAAACGCUAUAAAUAUAAACAACGUGGGAAAGGAGUUUCUCAUCCUAGAGGCUCUCCCAGGCACACGAAUAUGUAUACUGGAGAGAGACCCUAUAAAUGUAAGAUAUGUGGGAAGGUCUUUCAUUCUCCCCGUUCACUUCAAACACAUGAAAAAUCGCACACUGGAGAGAAAUGCUAUAAACCCCAUAAAUGCAAGCAAUGUGGGAAAGCCUUUAUUUAUUUCAGUGCCUUUCAACGUCAUCAAAGGAGUCACUCUGGAAAGAAGCCCCAUGAGUGUAAGCAAUGUGGGAAAGCCUAUGUUUCUCUUGCUUCUUUUCGAUCUCAUCAGUUGAAUCACGCUGGAGCGAAACUCUAUGAGUGUAAGCAGUGUGGCAAAGGCUUCAAUUUGCCCAGUUCCAUUCGAUAUCAUGAAAUGACUCAUACUGGAGAGAAACCCUAUGAGUGUAAGCAAUGUGGGAGAGCUUUCAGAUGUGCCUCCAGCCUCCGAAUACAUGGAAGGAUUCAUACUGGGGAGAAACCCUAUGAAUGUAAACAGUGUGGUAAAGUCUAUCGUUAUUGGAGUGGCCUUCGAAUACAUGAACUAACUCAUAUUGGAAAAAAGCCUUAUGAAUGUAAGGAAUGUGGGAAAUGGUUCUACAGUUCUGGUACCUUUCUAAGUCAUAAAAGGAUCCACGCUAGGGAGAAGCCUUAUGAAUGCAAGGAAUGUGGGAAGGUAUUCGGUUUUUCUAGUGCCCUUCGAAGACAUGAAAGGACACACACUGGUGAAAAGCCCUAUGAAUAAACAAUGUGGGAAAGGAUUUUUCAUAUCUUCCAUGGAGGUUUGAAUGCAUGAAAAGACACACUACAGAGAAAUCCUAAAUAUAAGUGGUGUAUGAAAUCAUUUAGUAAUUUAUCUUCCUUUUACAUGGAAAGAUGCACACUGGAGAGAAGGCAUAUAAAUGUAAGAAUUGUUGGAAAGCCUUCACAUCUGCCAAGAGCCUUCAGAAUCAUGGAAGGACACACUAAAGAGAAACCAUGUCAAUGCAAACUGUGGCAAAGCUUUCAUUUGUUCCAGUUCUUGUCAGAGACAUGAAGAGACACAUUCCGUUAAUAUACAUUCAAUUAUCCCAAUCCCUUUGAAACAGAAAAAGAGUAGGGAAAGGACCUCUGAGAUAAUUGAUUUCUGAGUUGAGAAGAGCUGCCUCUGAAGGGACAAUUAAAGUGAUGUAUUUAGAUGGUUUUUAUGCAAUUCACCAAUAGCCAAUCUUAAUGAGAUUUCAUUAAACAGCACCUUGAAAAAUGCACUGCAAAAAAAAAUGGAUUUCAUAGGCACAGACAAGGAAGGUAUCAGUCACGUAUUAGAGGAACCACACAGAGCAGUGUGUGGCCACCUGCUUCAGCCCAUUUUUUAUCAUUAUUUUGCUAACAAAUAAGAGUAUUCUCCAAAUCCCUUGAUUUUCCUUUUCUCAGAGUUGUAGUUCUCUAGAGAUAUUGCCAGAUGCUUCACAUUAAAGGUACAUUUCCAGUUGGCGUUUUAAAAUUUCGUGUAUUAGAAAUUGGUUACCAGAGAACUAAUUAAAACUGUCAUGGUUGGAAAUACUCUGAUGCUGAACUCCCUAAUCUAUACAUUGAGUUAAGGUCUAUACUCUGUUGCAAGCAUUGUUCUUUUUUUUUUUUUUUGAGGCAGUCUUGCUGUGUUGCCAGGCACCAGGCUGGAGUGCAGUGGUGCAAUCUCGGCUUACUGCGACCUCUGCUUCCUGGGUUCAAGCAAUUCUCCUGCCUCAGCCUCCUGAGUAGCUGGGAAUACAGGCACAUGCCACCACGCCCAGCUGAUUUUUUGUAUUUUGGUAGAGAUGGGGUUUCACCAUGUUGGUCAGGAUGGUCUCGGUCUCUUGACCUUGUGAUCGACCUGCCUUGGCCUUCCAGAGUGCUGGGAUUACAGGUGUGAGCCACCCCACCCGGCCUGCAAGCAUUGUUCUGCUUGCAAUGACUGUUCUCAAUUCAUUCUGACAGUUAACUAUACUGCCCUGAAAACCAACUAGUGCUGGGGACUUGUAUCUCUCCUGCAUUUUGUAGUGACUGGUGUCACCCAGGACUUUCAUGUGAGGAAAAGCACCUUGCUCUUAUCUGGGAAUUUUGAGUGAUUUUUUUUUUUUGUAAUGCCUCAGUUUAUUUUUAUUUAUGGUUGAUUAUAUGUGAUUAAGAACACUUGCUAUUUAUGUCUGAACCCACAAAUCAGUUGCAACAGCACCAAGUUUUAUGUAAGAGGUGUAGUAAUUACAAAUGUGAACCUAAGUUACAUUCUCUUUACAUGUCUCCCUUUCUAUAGGUCUC